AGGCUGUCAAACCUUAUCUAAGAUUAGCUUGGCUGCAUAAUGACGUCAUUGCCUAAUCUGGCCCUUCUCGAUGAAGAAACCACAGCUAGCUAUGACGUACUUAUGACGUCAUCCAUCCCACUUCUCGCCAUGCACCGUGUCCGAAAUGGAACGGCCCUGCAGCGACAAAUACGAAUAACCGAGCUCUAUAUUAUUGCUACGGUUUUUAUUUUGGGUCUGAUUGGGAACUCUUGUGUCCUGGUCGCUUUGUGGCAACGAUACUCCAAACACACACGAAUGCAUAUCCUCAUUUUCCACUUGGCGGUCGCUGAUUUGAUUGUAGUUCUAUUUGAAAUGUUACCAGAGUGGAUUAUUCGGUUCGGGUUUGGAUUCUUUGCUUCGGACGCAAUGUGCAAGUUCGUGAAAUACAUGCAAAUCCUUGGUAUGUACGGUAGCACAUACGUGUUGCUGUGCGCUGCCUUUGACCGGUACAGAGCGAUCCGCUACCCCAUGCAAUCUUUCCAAUUAACCGCAAAACGUGUUCAUACAAGUGUUUUAAUCGCUUGGGGUGUCUCAGCAUUUUUGUCCACACCACAGUUGUUCCUGUUCGAAAAACCGGAGACGCGAAAUAUGUGUCGCAUGAAAAGAUUUCCUUCAGCGGCGUUUGACCAAGCUUACACCACGUGGUACUUCUUCGUUAUUAUGUUCAUCCCGACAUGUUUUCUCAUCUAUCUUUACGGAAUGAUUGCCGUGUUGAUUAUGCGAAACCUCAAGCAGAAGAACAAGGCGGGUUCAAGUACAUCGCCCGUCAGACAAGGAGGCAACUUCGCACCAAGAGCAAGCAGCACUGCCGGGAUUUCUCGAGCCAAAAUUAAGACCGUGCAGAUGACGUUAGUGAUUGUGAUUACGUACGUGGUACUGUGGACGCCAUUCUUCACAGUACAGAUGUUAGCGGCUUGGGGGGCGAUUAACGAAGACCACAUUGCAGCCAGUUGUAUUAAAUUGCUCGCGAGUCUGAAUUCGUGCACAAACCCCUGGAUCUAUAUGGCGUUCAGUGGGAACCUCCUGGGCGACAUCAAGCGGUUCAUUCUUUGCCAGAAGAAGAAGAAGUCGUCGUUUACCAACAAGAGUCGUCAAGGAGACACGGGCAAGAAGACACGAAACUAUAGCGCUUUCGACCCAACGACUAAGGAGACAGACAUGACUGCUACGACAAACAUGGAGUUGUCGGUCGCCAAACCUAAAGCACGGAAUGCAAACAAUAAGAAGAAAUAUCAAACUUCUGAGUUGAGCGACAUCGCCUCUAGCGGAUUGAUGGAGAACGAAAGUGAAAAUUAGUGGCGAAAAUACAACGAACAUUUUGUCCUUCCUAACCGAAACCUAAGUUCCAAAAAUGUUUCUGAAAACUUUGUACUAAAUGGCAACACAUAUUACUAUGGGAAACCUUAAGCACAUAAUAUCCAAAUACCCUGAUCGUGUUGGGAACAAUUAACAGCGGUCUAUGCGGGGUCGCGAGGACACGGUUUUAUAAUUCUUUGAAUGUUCUUUGUGUAGACUACUACCAAAUGGGACGAGAAAAUA